GAGCACUUUGCUGUCAAGCGUUUUCUGUUUGGGCAGAUUUCAUGCGUUUAUUUUAUUCUUCUCUUUGAAAUGCAGACAUGGGUUUGGUUCCAGUCGUCCGGGAGGGGAGCGGGUGGUUGUGUGCGGCUCUGAGCUUCUCUUUGUCCGUCUGUGGCUUCGUCUGUGGACCGCUGCCUCUCUGAGACUCUCCGGGAUUUGGAGCGAACAUGGAGACGUUGAUGGAGAGAGAGUGCAGCGCGCUGGGGGGCCUCUUCCAGACCGUCAUCGCAGAUAUGAAGAGCAGUUAUCCCAUCUGGGACGACUUCAUCGGCAAGGCCAGCAAACUACAGUCUCAGCUCAGGAUGACUGUUGUUGCCGUAGCAGCCUUCCUGGAUGCCUUCCAGAAGGUGGCCGACCUGGCGACCAGCAGUCGAGGAGGUACGAGGGACAUCGGUUCUGCUCUCACCAGAAUGUGCAUGAGGCACCGCAGCAUUGAGACCAGACUCCGUCAGUUCUCCAUGGUUUUUGUGGAUUGUCUCAUCAACCCGCUGCAGGAACAGAUGGAGGAGUGGAAGCGAGCGGCCAACACGCUGGACAAAGACCACGCCAAAGAGUAUAAAAAGGCUCGUCAGGAGAUCAAGAAAAGAUCUUCAGACACUCUGAAGCUGCAGAAAAAAGCCAAGAAAGCUGACAUAUUUGGCCGUGGGGACAUCCAGCCUCAGCUGGACAGCGCCAUGCAGGACGUCAGCGAUAAAUACCUGCUGCUAGAGGAGACGGAGAAGCAGGCGGUGAGGAAGGCGCUGGUGGAGGAGCGGAGCCGCUUCUGCUGUUUCGUCUCCAUGCUGCGGCCUGUCGUGGAGGGGGAGAUGUCGAUGCUCGGGGAGAUCACUCAUCUCCAAACUCUGAACGAUGACUUGAAGGCGUUAACCAUGGACCCGCACAAGCUCCCUGCCUCCAGCGAGCAGGUCAUUGUGGACCUGAAGGGUUCAGAGUGCACGUGGUUGUACCAGACUCCGCCCUCAUCGCCAAGCACCACAGUCUCCAGGAAGUCCAGCAUGUGCAGCAGCAGCCUGAACAGCGUCAACAGCAGCGACUCGCGCUCCAGCGGCUCCCACUGCCACUCCCCCACCUCCCAUUUCCGUUACCGCGCCUCCUCCUCCUCUGUGCUCCCCCAGCAGACUCCUGCCCGCCUCUCCUCUGUCUCCUCCCACGACUCCGGCUUCAUCUCCCAGGAUGCCUACCCGUCCAAAUCCCCGUCGCCGAUGCCUCUGGAGUCCUCACAGUUGUCAAAUGGUUUUGACCGUCACGCUGCCCUCUGUCUGCAUGGAGCGCUACUGCAGGCCCAGGACACCCACCUCCACCUUCCAUGCUUCACCUCCACUUUCCCCAUCUACUCACCCCCAUAUUCAUCUUUCUCUCCUGAGUGGGCGUGGCCUCACUCAGGCUGCAGCCUAUCUGAAGAGUCCCCGCCCCCCUGCCCCGCAGGACCCGGAAUGAUCCCGUCAUCCAGAGUCCUGUCCUGGAAGGACUGGGCCAAACCAGGUCCUUAUGACCAGCCUGUGGUCAACACCCUGAGGCGAAGCAAAGACAGACGAGAAACUCCAGAUCCCAGCAGCCAUCAGGGCACUGAUGUCACCACAGCAGGGAAGGAGCCACACAGGAUUAAAGAGAGCAGCCCUGGAAUAUCAGUCAAGCAGGAGGACAGGGAGGUUCACGAGGAGCUGGCCCGAGCGUUGGUCCGAGGGCUCCACCUGGACAUUCACGGAUCCAGCAGGGACUCGCUGCAGGGCUCCAGCGGCUACAGCAGCCAGACUAACACACCCUGCUGUUCGGAGGACGCCAUCCCAUCACAAGUGUCGGACUGUGACUACUUCUCCGUGGGAGCUGACCAGGAAGGUCAUCAGUCAGACUUCGAUAAAUCGUCCACCAUCCCGAGAAACAGCGACAUCAACCAGUCGUACCGCAGAAUGUUCCAGUCCAAGCGCCCCGCCUCCACCGCCGGCCUGCCCUCCAACCCAUCAGCUGUAAUUCCUCCAGGGGUUGCCACCAUCCGCCGGACUCCGUCCUCCAAACCCAACUUGCGCCGGCCCUCAGGGGGCCUCAAUUUGGGUCCCAUCCCCAUUAAGCCACCCAUGAUCCCAGUCAAGACCCCGACUGUGCCCGAACCCCCGGGUGGCAGCAGCACACCACAGACGCCACUCAGCCCUUCGACCAACCUUUUAUCCCCAGGGGGAGGUGACCUGUCAUCAGAGGCUCAGCUCCGCGGUGAGGGUUCAGACCCGCCCACUCCCCCACCACAGCCGGGGGGGCGUGUGUCAGAGUUUGAACGCCGGCUGCUCCCUGAGCUCCUGGAAGAGUCUGAACAUUGUGAGGCCGAAGACUAUUUGAUGAUGAUCCGCCGUGGAGUCAAGCUGAAGAAGGUGACGACCAACGACCGAUCAGCGCCACGUUUUCACUGAGACGUUUGCAAGAACUUCCUCACAAAAUUCUUCAUUUGGGAAUUGCUAAAUUUGAAUUAAAAUGUAAACAGUCGGUUUGUUAAAAGGGUUAGUUUGUAAAUAGGUUAAUGUUUAGUUAAAGAAUGUUUGUGGUUAAAUGGUGAAUAUUUAACUUUAGAAAGUUAAUUUGCAGCGUUAUUAAAAAGGAACUGGGUCAGAUAGCUUAAAAGCACGAAACUAGAGCUAACGGAUUCUGAUCAGACACCAUCUGUGCACAUCAGUAUGCAAGAACAGAAGUGAAAAGUCGAAACAUUUAGCCACAUGACCGUAAAUGCUAUGUGACAGGGGACGAUUUUGAAAAGCUUAACUCUUCGGACGUGUCUGUACUACUUAUUUUUCUGUAGUUUUCACUGAAGGUGCCAAAAGCUGUCGUGCUAAACUUAGUGACCAAACCAAUCAUUUUUGCAUGUUUGAGCUCAGCAUGUAUCCAUCUAGUGUCAGCACUAUUAGCAAUGUUUUUCUUAGAAAAAAAGCUACAUUAUUUAACAAGCAGCAGCUUUAUAAGUGAAACUGACAAAUGAUUCAAGCUACCUGUAACUUCAGCUACUAGGAGCUUCCUGUUCCUAAUUCCCAUAAUGCUUGUGAUGUUUAUUCCCUGCACCAAUCCCAGACCUAUCCAGCAGAUGGCAG